GUGACGGGGGGACGAGAGUGAUGCAAAGUGACGUUCUAGUUGUUUGCCACACGCUGAUGAGUGACGCGGCCCUUGACUCACGCUGAUUCCCCUUCCCCCUCCCUCCCUCCCAUAACAACAACGAGAAGAACUAAGUGUUACACCCGGGAGGAACCUGUUGAUCGCGUCACGAGGGGAAAGGUUUAAUAAUGUAUUCCGAGGUGAACCAAACACAGUGAUGCCCCGCCAUAAUACCUACCUCUAGUGUUUAAUGUGGCCGUGAUAUAGUUGUUAACCAAGUGAUGGAUUUAAUAGAGAAAUAUAUAUAAAGUUAUCUACCGUUAUCGCUGUUAACAUAGAUAAGGGAGUAUUGAUGUUUGGGUUGGUUGUGGUGUGCGCCGCCGUAUGUGAGGGAUAGAGGAUGAAGACGUCGGAGUGUGGCCGCCCUCCGUCCGUCGACUCCCUGGGCAGCCUCUCCAUCCCAUCGCCUGGUGCCCUCGUACCUGCAGCGCCUACGUCACCUACUAAUCCCCUCGCCGCUGCCGCCUCCUCCAUCACCCCCACCAUGGCCAGGGACGCUACCGCCGAGGCCGCAGGAGCUAACGCAGGACCUGGCUCUUCCUCAUCCUCAUCCUCCUCCUCUUCCUCAACCCCCGAAGGAUCUAACCUCCUUCAGGGUAAAGGCAGCCUGCAGUUCAGCCCAGAGCAGAUAGACUGUGUAUGUGAGACCCUACUACAGGCUGGGGACAUGGAUCGCCUAGGUAGGUUCCUCUCUAUCCUGCCGCUACACACGGAGGUCUCCCGCUCCUCUGAGGUGAUCCUGCGGGCCAAGGCGUCGGUGGCGUUUCACAGGGGCACGUUCAAGGAGGUGUAUAGCCUCCUGGAGACCAACACCUUUACGGCCAAGUACCACACGGAGAUGCAGAACAUGUGGUAUCGAGCUCACUACAAGGAGGCCGAGAAGAUUAGACAGAGGCCGUUAGGCGCCGUCGACAAAUACCGCAUCCGUAAGAAAUAUCCGCUACCCAAGACGAUCUGGGACGGUGAAGAGACCAUCUACUGUUUCAAGGAGAAAUCACGGCUGGCGCUGAAGGAGUGCUACAAACAAAACCGCUACCCAACCCCGGACGAGAAGAGAAAUUUGGCUAAACAGACGGGUCUAACCUUAACCCAAGUCUCUAACUGGUUCAAGAAUCGUCGACAGAGGGAUCGUAAUCCAGCACCCAGACCGGACUUGCUGCUGGGUCCUCACGGUGACGGAUCAGUCAUGUCUCACCACUUCGACCCCACCGGCCAUGACAUGCGUGCCAUGUACGUCGCAAAGAUGACUUACGACCCUACCAAGAUGGGCUACGACCCCACUAAGAUGGGAUACGACCCCAGUCUCUCCAGUAUGGCGCCGCGUCACAACAUGUUGAAGCCAGACAUGUUGGCGCAACACCUCAAGCCUGAGGCCGCCUCUCUCCUGCAUCAUUUCCCCAAUAUGGCUGCCGCUGCCGCUGCCUCCUACCCCUACCACGGCUACGACGCCACCCUCCAGGCGGUCACCACGGCCGCUCACCAGGACAUGUAAAAGGCAAUCACGACAUGUAAGUGACGCCUUUAACAAUUAUCUGGUACAACCUCCAGGAAGUGCCCACUCCCUCUGCCCGCCCCUAAGAUGAAGUUCCCUGCUUUUGGUGAAUCGUUAGACGGUUGUGUCAGACGACAUGUAAUUGCUGGCGCUGUCAACGGAUUGCAUAAUUUGCAGUCACUGAGGUAUGGACCGGCAUUGUUCUAUUGUGAUCUGCAGUAACUGGGGCGUGAACUGGGCCAGUUACUGGAGUGUUGACUUGUGUUGAGUGGGGCCCUGGACUGCCGCAGUACAGUAUUGGUUGCUGACUGGAGGCACCAUCAUGAGAGGGGGAGGUGUAGGCAAUACCUUGACCUAACAUCUAUGAGCCUUGGUCGCCACCUCUGUCGUGAACAAGAAUGAAGUGUUUUGACCACUUUGGGUCGUGCCCCAGCGUGACUUGCGAGCCUCAAGGGUCAUGACCCCUGCGGUCGGGAGACGUCUUGGGUCAGGUGAAUUUGUCCUCCAAUAUGACUGGAAGUUUAGGUUCCCGAAAGGGAACUGAAGUGUUAACUUGAAAACCACAGCAGUAAAUUAUGAACCUUUAAACAGUGAACUUGUGAAUUUCGACUGAAAUUAUCCUCCCUGACAGUAUAAUUGAGAACUGUUGGAAGAAGACAUUGGGAAUUGAAUUCGACAGUGAAAGUGUGGGAGAGACAAGGGACCGAGGCAAGAGCAGUUCAUAGUCAUUACUCUCGGGUGCUACUCUGUACAGUGUACAGUGACUCAGUCUUUUUAAGUUUAGUAGUGUAACAUAUUCCACUUUCUCAAUUUCAUGUUGUAAUGAAAUUCGUGUAAAGAACAUAAAAUAAUCUCCGUCUGUUGGUUCUUUGUUGUGUUUCCGAGUUUGAAACUCGUCUAAAGUCAUCACCAGAGGAUUCCCUUGUUGUCCAGUGAUCAGUGACGACGUGCGUGAGACGUGACCGUGACAAUUGUGUUAAUUUGUGACCAAAUAAACUUCUUAUUGGUGUCAACUUGCCGCUUACCAACCGACAGAUUACUGCCAAUCAGCAGUCGGUUAAAGUAAAUAUAUUUUGCAAUAAAUAACAUGUAAAUAAACUUAAUUAAUAAUAUUUAUUUUAUUCACAAUUUAUAAUACUCAUGUGGAAGACUGUAGUCACGGUAAAAAGGCGAAAAUUUUUGUAACUAUUGUAUUAUUAUUAUUAUUAUUAUUAUUAUUUUUAUUAUUAUUCGUUAUACAUGACGGUAACCACUUUAUCAUAUGAUGAAUAUUCUCUUGUUAGUGAAGAUAAAAGAAUGAACUGUUUGUGUUAAGUUAAAAAAAAAAAAGUAAAGUCCAAAAAAUAUCAUCAAAAUUAAUCAGUCAAUGUAACUGAUUUUCUUCAGCUUUACAAAUUCUAAAUUCUAUUGACUGUAACUAUCGUAACUACCUCACCAGUGUUGCCAAUAAGACAAUAGACAGGAUAGAACAGAGGUCACGGGUGUGUUGUCGGCGGCAAUAUUAGGCUCCGAAAAGUGAUGGUUUACGUGUACACAGAGCCUACCUAACCAGAUUAUUUCCGACUGAUAUAAAGAACUGAUUAUAGUAUGAUAGCGGCGUUAAGUCUCAUAUUAUUAUUAAUUAUUAUCAUCACCAUACACGCGCCAUGCCUCACAGUCUAUACACUAUUAUUUUUCUUUGGUUUAGCUGUGGCCGCCAUGAACCUACAGAAUUUUGGAACCUAAUUUCAAAAAAACUCAUUGAAGAAUUAUCAUCGUCACUGGAGAUUGAAAAAUGUGCCCGACUGGUUAACUUAUUUAUGCUAACACACUAAAAACCAACGUAAAAUGACACCUAACCUAUAGAUACGUUCACUUUAGGAGGAAAUUAGACGAACAGAAUCUUUCCAAAUAUCCUGAAGUGAUAUUAUAAAUAUUUUUAGUUGUAAGGAAGAUCAUGAUUUAAUUUUUUGAGUGUUUAUUUUUGUGUUUUACUUGAUACAGUCUGUUGGUUGUAUUGUUGCGUCAUUAUUUACGAGGAAAGAAUAAUUAACAUCUUGACUCUGACUAAUGACGUGACUUAACAUGAUAAUUUGAGGGUUUUCUAAAUAUCGUGUCAUUUUUUUAAUUUGUUCAGCUGUGGGUUACUGAAGCUUGUCUCCCACCAUCACAAAUAUUACCUUAAGAAAUUGUGUUUAGUCUUCAUAAUAACUGUGAUGGUUAUUUAAGGCGGAGUACAGCGGCCGUUCCUGCUAUACUCUUGUUCCUUAAUAUCAUUCCACAUAAUUGUUCAAGGCAAAAAAAUCUCUGGUUUCUUUAUGUCUUCAAUUUAAAUAUACUUCAUUCACACACACACACACACACACAGAGAGAAGGCUGGAAAUCUGUAUGAGUAUAAUCAAGUUACAAUAUAAAUUCAUAAUGUCAACUAUACAUGAAUGUUAAUUAUAAAAUGAAUCUUGCACAUGCAGUCAGUCAUGUCUUUUGGUAUAUACACAUGACUUACAUACAUUCACAGACUACAAGUAGAUCUGUAUUUGAGUACACUCGCUCGAAAGAGUAUCUUUACAGAGAGGUCUAAUGAAUUUCAAAAUGAAAACCGCGAUUCCCGUCUCGGUAGGGUUGUCAAUAUCCUUCGUACGUUGUAUCUGUCUCGCACAAAACCGUAAAGAUACUUUUUGGAGCGAGUGUUGCACAUAAACUUGUAUCUACAUACAUACAUUCAUGGGUUGCCAUCAUGGUCAAUGUGGCAACAACCUCAAACCAGAUCUCAAUAAGCUAAAACUUCUGUUUAUCUCCGAGCGUUGGGAUGCUUUGGCCUGGGCGCUUUAACCUAAGUCGUUUAAGCCGGAGAUGUUUUAGUAAAGGAACGUUGUGGUUCUUACGAAUCUUUGCCAGUGAUGAUGUUUCGAGUUUAUACAAGUUUUAGCCAAUAACAUCUUUCGUUUAAGAUGUCCAAGCCAAGAUUAUCUCGGUCUUAACUAAACUCAGUAUAGGCUAGAGCGUCCUAGGCCGACGCGUCUGUUGACCGUCCUCUGCUGGGCCCGUGUGUCCCUUACAACUGUAAAUAAAGUUCAUUUAAUCUUG